UUUGGUAGGAGGAAAAUAUGUCCAGAGUAGGCAACCGCAUCUUAACUGUCCCUGAUCAAACCGAAGUUCUCAUCCGCGGAACGAGCGUUGAAAUUAAAGGCAAACUGGGAACGCUGACUUUAGAGCAUUCACCGCUGAUCGCCGUCAGUCUGAAUCAGAACUUGCUCGUCACCAGCCGCGCUAACGAAGAAAAAUCGACCAAGCAACUGCACGGGACGACUAACUCGCUGAUCAAAAGCAUGCUUGACGGCGUUAACCAAGGAUUUCGCAAAGAGAUCGAAAUUAAGGGAGUCGGUUACCGAGCUAGUUUACAAGGUUCCAAAUUAACGCUCAGCGUCGGUUAUUCGCACCCGAUUGUCCUAGAUGUUUUCCCAGACGUUAAAGUCGAAGUUCCUAAGCCAAGCAUUGUGAUUGUGAGCGGGAUCGACAAACAGCGGGUGGGUCAAAUGGCGGCGAUUAUCCGCCAAGUGCGCCGUCCUAACCCUUACUCAGGAAAAGGGAUCAUGUACAAAGACGAAAAAAUUCGUCGUAAAGAAGGCAAGACUGCCAGCAAGUAG